AUGCUCACAGGGACAGGAGAUCACAGGGACAGGCGCUCACAGGGACAGGCGCUCACAGGGACAGGAGCUCACAGGGACAGGCGCUCACAGGGACAGGAGCUCACAGGGACAGGCGCUCACAGGGACAGGCGCUCACAGGGACAGGCGCUCACAGGGACAGGAGCUCACAGGGACAGGCGCUCACAGGGACAGGAGCUCACAGGGACAGGCGCUCACAGGGACAGGAGCUCACAGGGACAGGCGCUCACAGGGACAGGCGCUCACAGGGACAGGCGCUCACAGGGACAGGAGCUCACAGGGACAGGAGCUCACAGGGACAGGAGUUGA